GAGCCGCUGAAAAAGGGCACACUUGAGAGUCCACUCGUUUUGUCCGAGCAGCCUAAGAGUGCACUCAGAUACCUGUUGGAGCUCACCUGUUUACUUUAUCUAAACCACUCCUGCUUUCUCACUCUCUUUCUGCACAAUGAACACUGCUGCUGCUUUUCUGCACGUGUGGGGUUUGUUUGAUCCAAACGAUAAUGGCUAUAUUGAAGGAAAGGACAUGGAUGAGUUUUUCCUGCACAUGGUGAAGAAAUUAGGGAUGACAAAGGACAAUCUGAUAAAGGACAGGCUUCAACGCAUCAGAGAUUCCAGCACAGAAGGUCGUCUGCACAUCCAUCAGGUGGCAAGCAUUGUCCUGCCUGAAGAGGAGAAUUUCCUGCUGCUGUUCCGCAGGGAGACGCCGCUGGACAACAGUGUCGAGUUCAUGAGGAUCUGGAGACGUUACGAUGCUGAUAGCAGUGGAUUUAUAUCAGCUGUGGAACUGAAGAGUUUCCUUGAAGAUCUUUUUGAGCAGCACAACAAGAGCAUCACAGAGGACAAACUGGAGUUGUACAUCAACACCAUUAUGAAGAUGUUUGACAAAAACCAAGAUGGCCACCUGGAUUUAAAUGAUCUGGCCAAAAUUCUGUCUUUAAAGGAGAAUUUUCUGCUGAAAUUUGAGAUGGAUGCCUGCAGUCAAAAGGACAGAGCAAGGGAUUUUGAGAAAAUCUUUGCCCACUAUGAUGUGAGUAAAACUGGAGCUCUGGAAGGACCAGAGGUUGAUGGAUUCGUUAAGGACAUGAUGGAGUUGGUCAAGCCCAACCUGAGCGGCACAGACUUGGACAAGUUCAAACAAGCUCUGCUUAGCCACUGUGACAUCAACAGAGAUGGAAAGAUCCAGAAGAACGAGCUGGCGCUGUGUUUGGGGCUUAAGCUUGCUCCCUGAAGCCCACAGAGCAAGCCCUUACACACACACACACACACACACACACAAAUUCACAGGCUACCUGCUAAUGUUAACACCAUUCAUGUAACUUUUGAAGCAAUAAUGCAUGAAGACUAAACACUGUAUUUGAUGCUUAUUUAAACAUAAUUAACUUGAAAACUUUAAGUAGUUGGUUUGGCGUUUACUUUAAAAUGUCUUCAGUUAUGAUGGUGUAUUAUGUGUACUUUACUCAUUCUUUUGUGACAAAUAGAUAAAUAUGAAUUUCUGUUAUGCUGAAGGAAAAAAAAUGUGGUGAUUUUUUAUUUAUCUCUUAGUUAUUUAGCCAAAAAAUAAAUAGAUAAAAACGAUAGUCAUAAAAAAGGUAUUAGAAUGUUCAGU